AUGGCUUCAUCGUCGGAAAGUGUAUGCGACGAUCAGGGUGAUUACCAAUGGCCAUGGUGUCAGAUGGGCCAUUUUGGAAUCAAUUUUAUACAAACUGAUGGGUCGAAAGCUUAUGUCGAAGGAGACUUAUCCAGAGCAUACAUAAAAGAUUACGAGCUGCUGAGGGCAAGUAAGCGUCCAAAGGAUCAAAAACUGGCUGAAGAGAAGAUACAAGAAGAUUUGGACGAAAUGAGCUUGAAAGAGGUUGAAUCAGAAGCAAACGGAGACACUGUCGACGACAAAAUUCUCGAUGAGAAGGAUAUGGCAUACGAAGUUCUUCCCAAAUGGACAUCUGAUAAAAGGAAAGGCAGAAAGAAGAAGAUGAAGGGGAGAUACAACUAUCGUUCAUUCAACGAAUAUUGGGACGUCGCUUACUUUUAUUUAACUCAGAUGACGUGGCUCAAUGAUUUUGGAGACCAAAUGAAUGAGGAAAAUAAAGAGAAAUUGCGGAAGAAGUGUGAGGAAAUGAAGCCAGUCUAUCCUAUUGAGCAACAUGAGAAUCUUCUGGAGAAUCCAGAUUAUCAUCAUGUUACCAAAUCGAUGAUCGAGCCGAAGCAAGGUGCUACAUAUGAGGAAAUAUAUGCAGAACAUUGUGAACUGAUCAAGAAAAAAUCGGAAGUCGAUUACCAUGCUCAUCAGACGAAAUCUGUGACCCGCCGUUGUAAAGAUAUGAUAUCGAGAGUUAAACGGCUCGGAUAUGCUCCAGGUUUUGAAGAAUCUCAAUUGCCUUCGUUCUAUGAUUUGAAAACAGAGCAAAAACACGAUAAGCCGCUUAUAAAAGAAAUUCGAUACACCAUCGAUGAUGCAUUUUCUAAAAAGUUUUGCGGUGCUGAUAGUCGUGAUGAAAAGGUUGAGGACUCCUCUGCGUCGACAUCUGAUUCUACGAGCCCAUCAGAUUCUCAACCUGAAAUGCCUUCUCCAGUAAAUCCAUCGGAAAUUCGAUUCAACUUUGAUCCUGAAACUGAAAAAUAUCUGAUUGCUUCGGAUGCCGAAAAAUUGUAUGCUAACGAUCCGGAAAUCAGCAAGUACUACUAUCAGCGAUAUCGGCUGUUCUCUCGUCUGGAUGAAGGAAUCAUCAUGGACAGAGAAGGAUGGUUCUCCGUCACUCCGGAAGCUAUCGCGGAACACAUUGCGGAUCGGGUUGUUCGGCACAACGUUUCAGUUGUUGUGGAUGCGUUCACUGGAGUUGGAGGCAAUGCUAUUCAGUUUGCGCUUCGUGGAGCUCAUGUGAUUGCGAUUGAUAUGGACCCUGUUCGUCUGAAAUGUGCAAGAGAAAAUGCUCGCGUUUACGGCGUUGCUGAUUACAUUGAUUUCAUCUGUGCUGAUUUCUUCGAUGUGUCAGCCACAUGGGCUGCCGACAAGAAGCUGGCACCUAAAGUGGAUGCAGUUUUUCUGAGUCCUCCAUGGGGAGGACCAUCCUACUUGAAGGCAAAAGAGUUUGAUUUAGCUACUGGAUGUUGUCCAAAUGGAGUCGACAUUUUUGAUGUCUCUCUGAAAAUCAGUCCGAACAUCGCCUAUUUUCUUCCGAGGAACACGAAAGUCAGCCAAUUGACAGAACUUGCCAUCAAGGCGAAAAGUCGUAUGGAAAUCGAGCAGUCUUCAUUAAAUUCCAAAAUCAAAACGAUUACCGUAUACUAUGGAAAGUUGGCAUAUCGAGAGAAGAUCCCAGCAUGUGAUACCUAA